UACUAUAUUUGCACUAUCUUAAGAAGUUCUUUAAAAACACAAAUCGAAUCGCAUUUCUCCCAGAGAAUCAAAUCAAAGAAGAAAAUGAACUUGAACACAAGCAGUGAGGUUGAAACUCAUACCAAGCUUGACGAACUCUGUAACUUCGACAAAAAAUGCCUCUUUGAUCUCGGCCAUCCUCUCGUUAACCGCAUCGCCGAAAGCUUCGUCAAAGCUGCCGGAAUCGGAGUCGUUCAAGCCGUUUCUCGCGAUGCUUAUUUCUCAGCCAUUGACGGUACCAGAACCGAUAACAAUGGCGUUAAAGCUUCUUCGGAUGGAUCAGCCGCUGGAAAACGCCGUUUGCUGGGACUUAGAGGAGAGACCAGUAACAAAUCUCUUGAGGCUAUGGUGAGUUGGUUACACUUCUCCCUCUAAAUUAAGCAUGUUGGCUUUAUAUAGUGGUGAACAAACAACUGAACUUGACACGUUUGAUAUAAUGCCACAAUUAAGAUGAGUCUUAUAUCAUAUUAAUUGAGUGGUGUUUUCUGUUAAUUGUGUUGUUUUU